AUGCCAUCACUGUUGCAUGCACAUGCAUGCUAAAGAAUUUGUUGUGCAUUGGAUCUGAUACAGGAGUCAAGGUUUAUAGUAAACUUGAACUCUAACUAAUAUUAUUGCUUGAAAAUUGUAAGUCUGUGAAUACAAAAUGGUGUUCGUGCAAAUUGAUAAUCAAUUUUUCAAAAAGAAAUUAAUUUGAAACGAAUAUAUACAUGUUUUGUACAGAUUUUGUGUUUUUGUAAAGUAACAAAAGAUUGAAUCAUAUCGACUUUUGAUUUUUUGACUGACAGUUGAAUAGUCGAAUUAAGCGAAACCACGAAAAGUUUGCAUUAUGCCGUUGUCCGUUUGCUAAUUUAGGAUCAUUUAUGUGACUUCAAUUGGCAGAGUUCGCCUUUUGCGACAUAUAUAAAAACCUAUGGACAUCAAAUUAUGAAAAAUAUUCAGUAGUGUAGCCUUUGUUUCUUGAUUUGGCCACCCAUAGCCAUAGCGUGGGUAAGAAAGAACGAAUACAUAUUUGUUAUCAUAUCCGUGUAAAUGUUGCGUCGCGUAUGAUGUCGUCGACUAAAAUUUCAAAACGAAAUUCUUCUGUCACCUUAUUCAAAUUCGAAGAGGUUCUUGAGAAACUGGGUGGAUUUGGAAAAUUUCAAAUUCUGAUCCUGGUACUUCUCUUAACGCUAGAGAUCCCAGUGGCAUUCGUGACCUUCAUUCCCAUAUUUGUGGCCGGAAAAGGAUCAUGGGAAUGCGUCUCAAAUGAUGAGAUCGAUCCUGAUUCCCAAUUAGAUAUUUGCAAUUGCAAUACAUCGCUUGCUUCAUCUUCAGACGAUAGCAUCGUCACUGAAUGGCACCUAGUGUGUGAGCAGUCAUGGGUUGCAGAUUUCAUAAUGAGUAUACAAAUGAUGGGCAUGUUCAUUGGAAAUAUUUAUGGGAGUCAGUUUGCAGAUUGGUAUGGGCGAAAAACAGGAUUUUUAUUGGCAACCUUGCUGCUAGCUCUAGGAUCAACAGUAUCAGCAAUUUCUCCAAAUCCAUAUGUUUAUGCUAUAGCACGUUUCAUCUGUGGUUGUGGUAUACCAGCCUACAUUAAUAUCACGUGCAUGGCAGCAAUUGAAUUUAUGCCCCCGGAAAAACGUUCCCUCUCUAGUGCUGUCGGACCGACCGGUGAAGGCAUUAUGAUUCUGAGCAUAUUGGCCUACUUUUUCAGACCAUGGAGAAUGUUAUAUUGGAUUACGGUCGCCCCGUUUAGUCUGAUUUUCUUAAUUUAUCCAUUUGUCCCGGAGAGCCCUAGGUGGUUGUUACGAAACGGACGUGUUGAUGAUGCUUAUUCCGUGUUGAAGUACAUGGCGAAAGUCAAUGGAAGUGCUGAAGUGAGUCUGGAAACUCUUCAAGCAAUUAGUGACCAAGAACAAAAGGAUCGAGAUGAAACACAAAAUGGAGGAAAACGUUUCGGCUAUUUGCAAUUUUUUCGAGAUAAGCAGCUUCGAACGACAAGUUUAUACCUUAUGGCAAUUUGGUUCGCCUGGUCAUUCACUUACUAUGGUGUGACUUAUAACAUUAAAAACGUGCAGGGAAGCAUUUAUCUGAACGUCUUUCUUAUCGGACUCGCUAAUGCACUAGGCCAGAGAUUUGCGAUACUAAUUAAUAAUCGCUUGGGACGACGACGUACCCUCUUUGCAUCCAUGACGUUUUGUGCCCUGUUUCUCGUAGCCCUUGCUCUCUGCGAGAUUUUCGUGGAAGCAUCCGACCCCAGCUUGAUCUUGAUCACGGUCAUCUUUUGCCUUCUCAGUCAGCUUGGAAUGGCUUGUGCUCGUUCCGCAGCAAGGCUUUUGUCAGGCGAAUCUUUCCCCACUUCCGUUAGGACUAUGGGUCUAGGGAUGGGUGGAAUUGCUGCAAAUGUUGCUGGCGUUGUCACGCCGCAGUUGGUGUAUCUUGGAUCGCGUUGGCCGUCCAUCCCAUUUUUCACUUUCGCUAUUAUUAGUGUAUGUGGGUCCUUGGUCUCUUUCCUCAUGACCGAAACAACCGGAAAGCCCCUCAGUGACAAUAUUGUUGCAUGCGAAAGCAAGAACGAGGCAAAACUCCUCAAUCAACAGCUUCCUCAAGAUGAAAAUGCAAAAUAACAAAUGCGAUAAUACCAUUAAACGUUUAUACAACAACCCUGAAUAAAAUCUUUCAAACAACUCUA